UGAAAUUUAUCCCAUCUGAAAAUCCCUUGGAUAUAUAAUUUACCUCAGAAAAGUUGACGCACAGUUUGGAGAAAACAUUUUGGAUGCUGAGGAUUAUUUUCCCUACCGGCGCAUGUUGGCAGAAAUUCCCUCAUUUUGCUGUACGAUGUCGUUUCUCAUGCAGAAGUGUAGAGAAUCACUCUGAAGCCUCAGGAUGAGAAGAUGGCGCAGACGUUUACUCCACCAGGACCAAAAAGUUUCCGUCUGUUCACCCGUGAGUCUCUCAAGGCCAUCGAGAGCCGGAUCGCAGAGGCAAAUGCAAGGAAGUCGAAAGACAAGCAGGAGAGAAAUAAGGACAAUGGGAAACCCAACAGUGGCCUGGAGGCUGGGAAAAAACUACCAUUUAUAUAUGGAGAACUUCCUAGAAAAAUGGCCUCCACACCAUUGGACGACCUGGACCGGUUUUACAGCAGUCAAACAACUUUUAUAGUAGUGAACAAACAAAACACCAUCAAUCGUUUCAACGCCUCACCUGCCUUGUACAUCUUCAGUCCCUUCAAUCCUUUGAGGAGAAUAGCGAUUAGCAUUUUGGUGCAUUCAUUAUUUAGCAUGAUUAUAAUGUUCACCAUCUUGGCCAAUUGCGCUUUCAUGACCUAUGCACAACCCCCAGACUGGGCCAAGAAUGUGGAGUACGCAUUCACUGGGAUAUACACUUUUGAAGCGCUUAUAAAGAUUGUUGCCAGGGGCUUCUGUGUGGGACAGUUCACAUUUCUUAGAGACCCAUGGAACUGGUUGGAUUUCAUUGUUAUAGUCAUGGCAUAUGUAACAGAGUUUGUGGAUCUGGGUAAUGUCUCCGCCCUGAGAGCAUUCAGAGUUCUACGAGCCCUGAAAACUAUUUCGGUCAUCCCAGGGCUGAAGACAAUCGUUGGAGCUUUGAUCCAGGCUGUCAAGAAGCUGUCUGAUGUGAUGAUCCUGACCCUUUUUUGCCUAAGUGUCUUUGCUUUGGUCGGACUACAGCUCUUCAUGGGAUCUUUAAGACAUAAAUGCGUGAAAAUCUCACCCAAUUCCACCUUGGAAUCAUUUCGUAACUGGACGGACGACUGUACCCAAAACAUGACAAUGGAUUGCAAAGAGUAUAUUGAUGAUUCAAGUAACUAUUAUGUCCCACCAGGACAUAAAAGUCCUGUGAUCUGUGGAAAAAGUCAUGAUGCUGGGCAGUGUCCAGAUGGAUAUUUUUGUACUAAAGCCGGUUCCAAUCCAGAUUAUGGUUACACUAGCUUUGAUAGCUUUGGCUGGGCCUUUCUCUCCUUGUUCAGACUGAUGACUCAAGAUUACUGGGAGAAUCUUUACCAACAGACUCUUCGGGCUGCAGGGAAGACCUACAUGCUUUUCUUUGUGCUGGUCAUCUUUCUGGGGUCCUUCUACCUGGUAAACCUCAUUUUGGCUGUGGUUGCCAUGGCAUAUGAUGAACAGAACCAAGCCACCAUGGAUGAGGCUCUGAAAAAAGAGGAAGAGUUUAAUUCCAUGCUUGAGCAGCUCAGGAGACAAGAAGAGGAAGAGGCGGCAGCCGCUGUGUCCAACCUUGAGGAGCUAUGCGAAGGGACAUCAGACAAUUCCUCUGACACUUCCAAACUAAGCUCAAAAAGUGCUAAAGAGAGACGCAACCGCAAGAAAAAGAGACAGCGUGAGGGGGAGAAAGACGACGACUCAAAGAAGGAGGGAAGCGUUAAGAGGACCAGCUUCCACAUCACAGCCGACAGAAACAACCGUCGUUCUUAUGAACGGACUUAUAAUUCUCCAUGUCAGUCCCCCUUGAGUAUUCAGGGUUCACGUUUAACACCACGGCGUGACAGCAAAUCUAGCGUCUUCAGUUACCGCGACUUCCUGCGUUCAGAAAACAACUACGCCGAUGACGAGCAGAGCAUGUGUGAGGAGACCGAUAGCCGGAGGGAUUCGCCCUUUCUGCUGUGUCAUCCCGAGCGUCUCUACAGCACCGUUAGCAACAACAGUCUGACGCCACAUUUGCUGCGACCCUCUAACGGAAAAGUGCGAUACGUGGUCGACAGCAAUGGCAUAGUGAUGAUGUCAGGUGAUGCGUCGCAGCCCAACUCUCCCUCUGGACUGCUAACGCCAUCCCGAAAAAGGGCCAUGUUUGAAGACUUUGGUGCGGACACGGAUGAAGAAAACAGAGGAAGAUGCAACUCACAGCGCUUUUCGCGAUCUCUUCUACACGACCAAUCAGCACGCAAGAGAGCUCUGAGCAUUGCCAGCGGCUCAAACAACCCUUCUGACUCGAUGGACGUGUGGAAGCAGAAGUGCAUGGAUUGGUGGUACGAGUUUGCGGAAACCUAUCUGAUCUGGGAUUGCUCCCCCACAUGGCUGAAGAUCAAGGAUAUUGUCCACAUGAUUGUGAUGGACCCUUUUGCAGACCUCUUCAUCACUAUUUGUAUUGUGAUAAACACAGUGUUUAUGGCCAUGGAGUAUUAUCCGAUGAAAAACGAUUUCGCAAACAUCCUUUCUACUGGCAAUCUAGUGUUUAUAGGCAUCUUUACAGCAGAAAUGAUUUUAAAGAUCAUUGCUUUGGACCCAUAUACGUAUUUUCAGGAAGGCUGGAAUAUCUUUGACAGCGUCAUAGUCACUUUGAGUCUUCUGGAGCUUUCCCUUCAGAAAGUCUUGUCUGGAAUGGGAAUUCUGAGGCCGUUUCGGCUGCUGAGGGUCUUUAAACUAGCAAAGUCCUGGCCGACUCUCAACAUGCUGAUCAAGAUCAUCGGCAACUCGCUUGGCGCCAUGAGCAAUCUGACACUGGUGCUGGCCAUCAUCGUCUUCAUCUUCGCCGUUGUGGGCAUGCAGCUGUUCGGGAAGAACUAUGGCGACUGCGUGUGUAAGAUUUCAGAUGACUGCACCCUUCCACGCUGGCACAUGAAUGAUUUUUUCCAUUCGUUCCUGAUCGUAUUCAGGGUGCUGUGCGGCGAGUGGAUCGAGACCAUGUGGGAUUGUAUGCAGGUGGCAGGACAACCCAUGUGCUUAAUUGUGUUCAUGAUGGUCAUGGUGAUCGGAAAUCUGGUGGUUUUGAAUCUGUUCCUAGCUCUUCUGCUCAGCUCCUUCAGCGCUGACAACCUUACGGUCACAGGCGAGGAAGUUGAAAAAAACAACCUGCAGAUAGCCGUCGGUCGAAUCAAGAACGCGUUCGCUUUUGUUAAAGUGCGUCUGCACAGUUUCUUCUCGAGUGGCUGUGUGAAAAGGAGGAAGAAGAAAAGGAAAUCGGUGCAUGCAAACGACAGCAAGGAAGUGAACGAUAAUGCCAACCAUACCGCGUUAGAACUGUUGCAAAAAACAACAGUAACAGACACUGCAAGUGAAACUGAGCUUAUUAUCAGCAACCCGAGCUUGACCAUCAGUGUCCCGAUAGCUGAAGAGGAGUCUGAUUUUGAGUGCCUAAACACUGAGGACUUCAGCAGUCUCUCCUCGGACCUGGAGGAAGACAAAGAGAAGCUAAGUGACAUAAGCUCCUCUGAGGGUAGCACAGUGGACCUCAGGCACCCUGGACAUGUAACACAAGACGGAGAAGUUUCUGUAGACUUUGACAAGGAGGAAUCUACAGACCCAGAUGCUUGUUUUACAGCCGGGUGUGUCCGGAGGUGUCCGUGCUGCCAGGUGAAUGUUGACAAGGGCUUCUGGAAGACCUGGUGGACGCUGAGACAGGCUUGCUACAACAUAGUAGAGCAUAGCUGGUUCGAGACAUUCAUCGUCUUUAUGAUCCUGCUCAGCAGUGGGGCACUGGCCUUUGAGGACAUUUAUCUCGACUCAAGAAAAACUGUAAAGAUCAUACUGGAAUAUGCGGAUAAGGUUUUCACGUACAUCUUUAUUCUUGAGAUGCUGUUGAAGUGGGUCGCGUAUGGAUUUGCCAAAUACUUCACCAACGCCUGGUGCUGGUUGGACUUUAUUAUUGUUGAUGUUUCUCUGGUCAGUCUGGUGGCCAACGCCCUGGAGUACUCAGAGUUGAGUGCCAUCAAAUCUCUCCGAACACUGAGAGCCUUCAGACCUCUCCGAGCUCUCUCACGCUUUGAGGGAAUGAGGGUGGUCGUGAACGCUCUUCUGGGUGCCAUCCCCUCCAUUAUAAACGUCCUGCUGGUGUGUCUCAUAUUCUGGCUGAUUUUUAGCAUCGUGGGUGUCAACUUCUUCGCCGGAAAGUUUUUUGAGUGUGUAAACAGUACCACAAACGAACGGCUGCCUCUUUCAAUGGUCAACAAUGACACGCAAUGUGAACAGAUGUUCAAUGAAACCCGCUGGAAAAAUCUGAAGAUUAACUUUGACAACGUAGGAAACGGAUAUCUGGCCCUGCUGCAGGUGGCCACGUUUAAAGGCUGGAUGCCCAUUAUGUAUGCCGCUGUAGACUCCCGUGGUCAACAUGAGCAGCCGAAAUACGAAGUGAAUCUGUAUAUGUAUGUGUAUUUUGUCAUCUUCAUCAUCCUUGGAGCUUUCUUCACAUUAAACCUCUUCAUUGGUGUCAUUAUUGACAACUUCAACCAGCAGAAGAAAAAGUUUGGAGGUCAGGAUAUUUUCAUGACAGAAGAGCAAAAGAAAUAUUACAAUGCUAUGAAGAAGCUUGGCUCCAAGAAACCUCAAAAACCCAUACCACGACCAGCUAACAAGAUUCAGGGAUUUAUCUUUGACCUUGUGACCAAUCAGGCCUUUGACAUUUUCAUCAUGGUACUUAUAUGCCUCAACAUGGUCACCAUGAUGGUGGAAACCGAUAAUCAGUCAAACGAGAUGGAAAGCGUACUGUACUGGAUCAAUCUUGGCUUCAUAGUGCUGUUUACCGGCGAAUGUGUGCUGAAGAUGUUCUCUCUACGACAUUACUUCUUUACCGUUGGCUGGAAUGUGUUCGACUUCAUCGUGGUCAUUCUGUCUAUAGUUGGAAUGUGCCUCUCAAAUGUCAUUGAGAAAUACUUUGUCUCGCCGACCUUGUUUCGCGUAAUUCGCCUCGCCCGGAUCGGUCGCGUAUUACGUCUCAUCAAAGGUGCCAAGGGAAUACGGACCCUUUUGUUCGCUUUGAUGAUGUCACUUCCAGCCCUUUUCAACAUCGGACUUCUGCUCUUCCUCGUCAUGUUCAUCUACGCCAUCUUCGGCAUGUCAAGCUUCGCAUACGUCAAGAAAACAGAUGGCAUCGAUGAAAUGUUCAACUUCGAGACGUUCGGCAACAGCAUGCUGUGUUUGUUUCAGAUAACGACGUCGGCGGGCUGGGACGGUCUUCUGGCGCCGAUGCUCAACACCGGAGAACCCGACUGCGACCCGAAGAAAACCUUUAUUGGCAGCAACGUUAAGGGCGACUGCGGAAACCCUGCCGUCGGCAUUUUCUUCUUCGUCAGCUAUGUCAUUAUAUGUUUCCUGAUCGUGGUGAACAUGUACAUCGCUGUGAUCUUGGAGAACUUCAGCGUGGCCACCGAGGAGAGCGCCGAACCUUUAAGCGAAGACGACUUUGACCGAUUUUACGAGGUUUGGGAAAAAUUCGACCCUAAAGCUACGCAGUUCGUGGAGUACUGCAAUUUGUCCGAAUUCGCCGACACACUCGAUCCUCCUCUGCGUAUUCCCAAACCCAACAGACUGCAACUGAUAUCCAUGGAUUUACCAAUGGUGAGUGGAGAACGAAUCCACUGUCUGGAUAUUUUAUUCGCUUUCACCAAACGUGUUCUCGGCGAAGGGGGUGAAAUGGACGUCCUUCGUGGACAAAUGGAAGAACGCUUCAUGGCCUCCAACCCCUCCAAGGUUUCUUACGAGCCCAUCACAACGACCCUACGCAGAAAACAUGAGGAUAUGUCAGCCGCCGUGAUCCAGAGAGCCUUCAGGACGCACAAAAUCAGGCGUUGCAUGAAGAAGGGCAGUAAUACGCUCAGAGAGAUCAAACACCAAAAUGGAAAAGUCCCGAGAAAAGAGUCUGUAGUCAACGAGAAUUUUAACGAUGUUGCCGUUUCGGAAAAUUCCGACUUGACACCUUCCACGUCCUCUCCGCCGUCGUAUGACAGCACGGCACCGGACGGCAAAAACAAAUACGAGAAGGAUAAGCGUGAGAGAGAAGUAGAAGGUAAGGACAACGCAGGGAAGAACGACUGACAUUGACGUUUCGUUGACGACAACAAUUGUUUACAACUUUUCAAGGUUAUCUGUAAUGGCAGUCAUCGGCGUGCAUCGGCAUGUUGUUGCCGUUCUGCCUGAGCAUACUUGAACUUUGUGCCUAUUCUGGAGCUGUGAGUAACUGAGUUAGGCAGUGACGCUGCUAGGUUAACCGUUUCACUCGCUGGCUAAAUGUGGCAAUGGACCAAAUGCUGUUGAUAAAGCCUGUUUUGGUCUGUCUAGUGUGCUGUGCGUUUCAGGGUUACACCCAGUGUCUUGCAUUUUUAUGACAUUUCUUGUACAAUCUGUGUUUUUUGAAAGAAUUUAGUUUGUUUGAUUUUUCAAAGUCUGCACGAUGAUCUGAAUAUGUUGCAUUUUCUAGGGUCGGCCAAAAUACGAAUAUUUUAUAUUUAAUUGGUAUUUGAAUUGAAUCAACUACAUCACCACACAAGAUGUUUAAUUGACUUAAUACAAUAGAUUAAGAAAUUUAGAUAUAAAAUACAUAACUAUAUUAUCAGUGGUGUAUAAAGACCUUACACAAUGAACUGUAUUGUUUUUAUUUCCUUAAAAUGAGACGUUUUUAUCUCCAUACACCGCGGGUCCCCUUACAUGGAAGUCACCAUUUUGCGCCGUCAUGUUUUUACGGUAGCCCUAAAUGGACAAACUGCUCUACAGAGUGUGUUUCGUCACUACGAUGUCUCGGACAACGACAUGUCUGUCCUGUGGCGCUAUCGUAGCUUCUCUAUGCGUUUCGAAAGGGAGGGACUGAGCCGUUGGUUGCAAUUCACAGUCUUAAUGCUAGAUGCCGCUAUAAUCUACACAAUGGACAUUUUUCUAAAAAUACCCCAUAUGCUGUGUGUGUGUCAUGUUUGUUGCUAAUUCGCACUGAAUAUAUUUCGGAUUGUAAUUUUACUUAGCAAUUUUGCGUCCCGUUCGCUACCUCAAUUCAAAAUUAGUUUCAAUUCAGGAAGUUAGCAUUCCUACACCUUUAUUUCUGGAUGUCGUUGUUUCAAAUGUUUUCCUACAGACCAGAGGUUGUGCUUGUUGGUUUUCAGUAGAAAUGUAAUUGCAUGAAAGACUUUUCCCGACUUGGAAUUUCAGAAUGGCUGACUGCCUCUCAGGUGUCUCUUAACAUGAAGAAAGCCAUUCGUUUACGUGCCUUCCCUACAUUUGAAACGGCAAACGCUCUCUAUCCUGUGAGAACUGUGCAGUUUAUAAUUUUAGUCGUUUCUCUGCCGUCUCACUUUAAGAGGGUUUGCUCGUGCAAAAGCUUUAAUGUAAAUUAUUCCCAAAAUGUAUGUAGUGUCCUUGCUUUAUAUGUUAAAGCCAAUAGUUUGUUGGCCUUUAUGUCUUUGUGAUUUUUAAAAUAUUUUGUAGGGAUAUGCAAUCUGUUGCAUCAUUUCUAUACGUCAUACACCAUGAAUUAUAAUCUAUAUAGAGAAUGUGAACGGUUGCAAGAUUUAUGCAUCUCCAUCGAGCUACAAUACAAAUGACCAAAAACAGGACUGAAAUUAUAUGGGAAAUGUAACCAUUGUGAUCGUUUAUGCUGAAAUGUUAUUGUCAAAUAUUACUAUUUGAUUUGUAUUAUGCAUUUUUGUUUUUACAGAUAACAUUGUAAGAAAUGCGCGUUUGUAGUGUUUUGGUUUACUGUGUGAAGAAAGGAGCAAAACUCAAUGCAAUUCUAGUUUUAUACAUUUCUGUUAUCAAGUGACUGUCGUUUUGUUCGGCGUACAGAUCGAUCUUUAUGAUGUCAGAAGACUCGAGUUAUAACCGAGUACACAGUUGGUCACGAUCACAAGACAUUUCUGCGUUUGUUUACAUUUUUAUAGCUAUGGAUUUUAUCACUUUUGUUUCAAAGAGACUGGGUUCCUUUAAGGAGUCUUAAACACUGUAUAUUUGCUCCAUGUGAAUGUGUCCAUGUCAUGUAUUGAGAAAAUGAAUUAUAGGUAUAUUAUGAAUUUAUAUCAAGCAAAUAUCAAAUUAGCAUACGACGGAAGUCAGUAGCUUUUUUAUGCAUCAUGCUUGUAGUCUGUGAGUUAAACUGCAUGCAAGAUAUUGCUAUAGGUCUGCUCUUCAAGCCAGAAUAAUAAACUCAUCAUCACAUACCUCAUACCUGAUUUUUCUUGUGCCGUUUGAUUGAGAGAUAGAAAAAAAAGUGCAAUUUGAAUAUCUUUCUCCGUCACAUUUAACGAUUACAUCCUUUUGCAGGAAUUUCUGAAAUAUCAUGGAAUUUUAAGGUCUUCAAAACAUUGAACGUUUGGGAAUUUUAUAUAUUUUUGUCCAAGUCAUAGAAUAUCAGGGAUUUUAGUUUGUCGCUUUAAAUUUUUGUUGCAAUUUACCGAAAUGUAAUCCAAUUGUUACAUUGUAAUGUAAGGAAUGCCGUUUCCAGGUCCAGGGCUCCAUGAUUUGAAAAUCAAAUUUUUAUCAAAUCUGGUGUACACUAUAUUAUCCAGGCUCACCUCAUCCCGAACAUACGUCAUUUAAAGUCAGGGAAUUUGACAUUUGGCUUGAGUUGUAAACCUGCAUUUGAAAUGAGCAGUGCUGUCUUUUAUGGGUGCAAUAAUGCAAAAAACAGGUCGCUUUUCUGUAGCUGAAGCAUGCACAAGUACAUAUGCCAUAAAGUCAGUUCGUAAACACAUAUCAGUGUUACUGAG